GUAUUGUUUUGGUUUAAAUACUCCUUUCAUUCUCAUUAAUUUUAAACUAUUUAAAGUUUAGGAUCAAAGUUUAUGCUUCUUUCUAUGUUUAAAGUUGUCUACUUUCAACUUUUUUUCAAUUUUCUCUUUAGGCUAUAAAAGAAAAAGAAAAAGAAAAAAAAACUAAAAAUGUUCAAACUUAAAACCAUACUUAUGUAUAAGUGUUGUUUGAUAUAUAGUAAUUUAAACACGGGAGUGUGUAUAAUCUAGUGGUUAAUCAAUUUUAUAAUUAGAAACCCAAAGUCCAAAAAAGAAGUGAAGAAAUCACAAAUCCCAAUUCCUAAUCGAAAUCCCAUCUAUACAUAACGACAAUUAUAAUGAUGGUUACGUGUUUGGAUCCCUCUCUUUCCUCUAACCACCAUCGCCUUCUCUGAUUCAGAUGCCCUUUGGGUCUAAUUCAAUUCCCCUUUUUCUUUUUCCCUUCUUUUCUGUACAGCCGACAUUUUCCCAAACACAGCAACUCAGACUCAUCCAUGGCGGACGAUGGCAAGAAAGUUGUGGUCAUGAUGCUUAAAGUGGACUUGCAGUGUGAUCGUUGCUACAAGAAAGUCAAGAAAGUUCUCUGCAAAUUCCCACAAAUUCGAGACCAGAUUUAUGAUGAAAAACAAAACCUAGUGAUUAUCAAAGUGGUCUGUUGCAAUCCUGAGAAGCUUAGAGAUAAAAUUUGUUGUAAGGGAUGUGGGGUUAUUAAAAGCAUUGAAAUCAAAGAGCCUGAACCUCCCAAGCCUCCUCCUCCCAAGCACGCCGAUCCUCCUCCACCACCCAAAAAAGUCGAUCCUCCCCCUCCUAAAAAGCCCGAUCCACCCCCACCCCAAAAGGUCGAUCCUCCGCCUCCGAAAAAAGCCGAUCCUCCGCCUCCGAAAAAAGCCGAUCCCCCACCCCCCAAAAAGCCCGACCCACCACCACCCAGUAAAGCGGCAGACCCUCCUCCACCACAAAAGGCAGCCGAUCCUCCUCCGCCCAAAAAGGCAGACCCGGCGCCGCCCAAAAAGGUUGACCCACCACCCGCGAAAGCGGAGCCUCCGCCUCCGCCUCCGAAGAAGGUGGAUCCUCCGCCGGUAGUGGUCCCACAGCCCAACCCGGUUCCGAUACCGGUGCCGGUUCAACCGGAGCCGUACCCGGUGAACAUGUGCGUGCCGGUUCCGGGUUAUCCGCCGGGGUACCCUGUUGGGAUUGGGGUGUGCUGUAGGCAGUGCUAUGAAGGGAGGGGUGGGGGCCCAUGUUAUAGUGGGUUUGGUGGGACAGGCCCGUGUUGCGAUGGGUGUGCUUCUGGAAGGCCCAUUUACGAUAGUUACGGUGGAGGGAGGCCCUGUUACGUUAGCCACUGUGAGUAUCUUAACGAAGAAAAUGCAAGUGGGUGCGUUGUUAUGUGAGAGGGACACGUGUGACUGUUGUGGAUGGUUUUCAUUAUAUGAUAAUAAUAUAUCUAAGUUCGGAUGUUUAA